AUGGGUGGAUAUCCAUCGUACUCGGUCAAUGUGAGCACCGUGGCCCAGGUGCAGCUUGCCAUUAACUUUGCGCGCAAUACCGGCGUGAGAUUGCUCGUGCACAAUACGGGCCACGACUACCUCGGCAAGUCGACGGGGGCGAAUGCCCUUUCUAUUUGGACCCGACACUUGAACAGUAUUGAAUUCAUUGCCAACUAUGCCGGAGCGUCGGCCCACAUAGGCUCAGCUUUCAAAAUGGGAGCGGGCACGCAGACUUGGGAAUUGCUCCAAGCAGCACAUGAGGAAGACGUGAGCGUGUUGACUGGGGAAUGUCCGACGGUCGGUGUUGCGGGAGGGUACAUCGCAGGUGGGGGCAUGAGGCCCCUAUCUUCCAAAUAUGGUCUCGCUGUCGACCAUGUACUUAGCAUAGACGUGGUCACACCCGACGGGAAGUUUUUCACUGUCGACGAGAAAAACAAUACGGACCUUUUCUGGGCGCUGCGCGGAGGAGGUGGAGGGGCUUUCGGAGUCGUCACCUCUGUCACUGUCAGCACCCUACCAAAGCUGAAGAUGGCAGGGCUCACGCUCUCCAUUACAAUUGGACCCAAUGGAGACGUCUCUGACGACAUCUUCUGGCAAGCCAUCGAUGGGCAGAUGUCUUGGGCCUUGACUCCGUGGAUUGUCCCGGAUAUGUCCCUUGAUGAGUUUAAGGCCAUGACGGCAGAUCUCCGUGUACAAUGGGAGAAACUCAAGUUCAAUGUCCCACUCAACUUUUUCGAAACCGACAACUUCUACGAAGCAUGGACGACGCACUUUCCCGACGACACGGUUGGCGUACCCAACUUGCGCACCGCGUCGAGGUUGAUCGAUGAUCAAAACUGGGUGAACCCGUCGCUCCUCAACGAUACGAUUGCUUUUGUGCAACGGGUCAUCAACAACGGAUCUUCACUCAUCGGAUACAACAUCAGAGCUGCUACAGUAGCCGAUGCGCCGGCUAGCGCUACGGUACCCAUAUGGCGCGAUGCGACGAUGUUUGCCAUCGUCGGUACAAUGUGGGACGCUGUGCCGGAAAUAGGACAAAUAAUUACGAAUACAGUCGUGUAG